UUUGCAUAGAACACAUGCAUUUAUAAUAAAAAUUUUCUAAAAAACCACAAAUGGCUUUUACUGAAAUAAUGUUUCAUAUACGACGUUUUGUACACAAAAAUUCCCGACACGCGAAUUUGUUUCCAGAGAAAUUAUUCAACAAAAGGCACAAAGUUCCGGCACAUUUCUAUGUAGCGGAUGACCAAUUGGUUGAGCAAAUAGACAAUGCCAUCCAGCCUUUUAUGCAACAAACCAAAUGUGAUACCGUUAUUGAAAUGAAUCCCGGCAUUGGUUUAUUUACACGCAAACUACUGAAUCGUGAUGACCGUUUAAAAAAAAUUAUACUUAUAGAAGCGAUGGAGCACUUUCUUCCUGGGCUGCAUGAUUUUCAUGCACUCUACCCGGAACGUGUAAAAGUAAAGCACAAUGAUUUGGUUAGCUUAUGGAAGUUGUCAUUUCAAGACAGAAUGGAUAAUGGCACACGAGUUGCGGAUAUGUUAUCUGAUUUGCCAAAACGUGAACACAAUGAAGAUCCCAGCGCUUUGUUGUUUGGUGCCGUGGGCUGUUACAAUUUUUUCAAACAUCUUGUAAACUCUAUCAUUUUUCAAAAUGGUAUGUUCAGCUGGGGACGUAUGGAAAUGUUUCUUGCAGUACCACCGCCUAUCUACAUACAUUUGACCUGCAAAAAUGAUGUGGGCUAUAUGAUAUAUAGAUCAACAUCCAUGCUUUUUCAAAUGCUCUUUGAAUACCGCUUCAUCGCGCAGUUACCACGAGAACAUUUUCUACCAAAUCAAAUCGAACACAAACCCAUUAAAGGUAGUCGUCUGAGAAAGGUGCAAUCUAUUAACCCCGAGUACUUAUAUUUGGUACGAAUAGUACCACGUCAAAACUUCUUAGAUCUUUGUCCGAUCGAAGACCUGCAACCACUUUGGUACUUUGUCAAGCAGAACUGUGUUAGCCGUCGGAAUCGGAUAAUACCAAAUCUAGAAAAAUGGAUACCAGGUUGUGGACCACGUCUAAUAGUUAACAGCGUGCCUUCAGAAACAUUAAAGCCUCUUUAUCCGGAUGAGGAUGAUGUAGAACUGCCACAAUACUCAACGCGCUGCACCACUAUGAGUAAUCGUGAUUUUUAUCCGAAUAUAAACAUUUACACACAAUUCGGUGAUCUAUCUGCAAGUCAAAUGCUGACAUUAUUCACACAAUUUCGAAAAUGGCCCGAGUAUAGUGAAAGUGCAUUCGUAGCAUCACUUGAAAGCACUUUGUUAAAAUUGGAAGCAGCCGCGGAUGAAAACAUGGGCAUAACGGAAGAGGAUGAUUUGCCAAAUGAGGAGACAGCUUUUGAAGAUGUGAAAGAAACUGAAACUGAAAGCAGCCAAACCAAACCACUUAAGAAAAGUAAGCUUAACGCUGCAGUAUCAAAUUAUUGAAUUUGUUAUAUUGAAAAUUAUGUAUAUAGUUGUAAUUAAAAGUAAAUUAUGUUUAAUUAAAA